GCAAUUGGGUAUUUACCCAAUCUCAGUUUGGCAGCAUCGUAUAUCCCUGCUCUCUCUCCCUCUCUCGCUCCCUCUCUCUGUGUCCAUCACUCUGUAGCAGAGAGACGAAAUGGUAGCUUCAGCUAUAUCAACGACCUUGAGUUCCUCUAUUGUUUCUCGCAACACUUCCUCGUCCAUUUCAUUUUUUUCUCCCAGAUACUCAACAAAACCAAUUGUUUCUGCUUUGUCCAAAUCUUCAAGUAUUGGAUUAUCUAGCAAAACUUCUGGGUUAAGUCUAAAGGUUGAUGAACGGGGUCGCCAUGCUGGUAAUCCGAGUUAUGGUGCAAUAGAAGCCAAAAAGGGGAACCCACCCGUAGCGCCAUCUGUGAUGACUCCUGGAGGACCUUUGGACCUAUCAACUGUUCUAUUCAGGAGUCGAAUUAUUUUCAUCGGGCAGCCAAUCAAUUCAAUGGUGGCUCAGCGAGUUAUCUCACAGCUUGUGACUCUCGCAGCUAUUGAUGAGGAUGCAGAUAUUCUGAUGUAUCUCAACUGCCCUGGUGGAAGCACCUAUUCUGUAUUGGCCAUCUAUGAUUGCAUGGCUUGGAUAAAGCCUAAGGUUGGAACAGUAUGUUUUGGCGUAGCUGCAAGUCAAGGAGCACUUCUUCUUGCUGGUGGGGAAAAGGGAAUGCGUUAUGCAAUGCCAAAUGCACGUAUUAUGGUACACCAACCGCAGGGUGGAUGUGGGGGCCACGUGGAGGAUGUAAGGCGCCAAGUGAAUGAAGCAGUUCAAUCUCGCCAUAAAAUUGACAAGAUGUAUGCUGCUUUUACUGGCCAACCUCUCGAGCAAGUGCAACAAUACACUGAGAGGGAUCGUUUCUUAUCUGCUUCUGAGGCCAUGGAGUUUGGCUUCAUCGACGGUAUCCUAGAAACCGAGUACUAAAAUUCCAGCCAUCCAUGGAAGAUUAUUCAAUGCAAAUUUGGAACUUGGUGCUGCAGAUUGCUGUUUUGAGGAUGAUCAAUUGUACCUUCAUGUGUGAUGUUGCGAAUGGUGCCAUAUCAUGGUGCCUAUAGAUUUUAAUGCUAAUUAGUUGAGGUUCUGAUUAUAGAAAUACAAGAUUGUUUUAUUUUAA